AAAAUGAAUCUUUCCCGGCUUUGAAACUCCACUUUCCUUCUCCCCAAGAUAACUAAAACCAAACACGUCACAAUGCCCAUCUCUGCCAAUUUAGCCGCCUCCUCCUCGCCUCUGCUCCUCAUCGUCUCCUCUCGCUCAUCCAUUUCUCUCUCUAAACCCCCACUUUCUCUCUCUAGAUUUCCCAUCAAACCCACAUCUUUCCCCCAAACCUCCAGACCUUUCUCUGUCUACUCGCCCCCAAAGAUGAACUGGUUGGGAAAGCUAGGGUUCGGUACUCGAAACCCCGGCGAGACUACCGUGGACCAGUCAUCAUCAUCCUCGAUUGCGCAGGGUCCGGACGACGACGUCCCGGCACCGGGACAAGAGUUCGCCCAGUUCGGGGCGGGGUGCUUUUGGGGCGUCGAAUUGGCUUUCCAGAGAGUGCCCGGAGUGUCCAAGACGGAGGUUGGGUACACUCAGGGCGAUAAUCACAAUCCAAGCUACAACGACGUGUGUUCGGGGAAGACGAACCACUCCGAAGUCGUCCGGGUUCAGUACGAUCCCAAGGAGUGCGGUUACGAGUCUUUGCUCGACGCGUUUUGGGCCAGGCAUGACCCUACUACGCCUAAUCGUCAGGGGAAUGAUGUGGGAACGCAAUACAGGUCUGGAAUAUACUUCUAUACCCCUGAACAGGAGAAGGCUGCACUGGAGUCUAUGGAGCGACAACAGAAGCUGUUAAACAGGAAGAUUGUUACAGAGAUCCUGCCUGCCAAGAAGUUCUACAGAGCUGAGGAAUACCACCAGCAGUACCUUGCGAAAGGGGGACGAUUUGGUUUUAAGCAAUCCACUGACAAAGGCUGCAAUGAUCCAAUCCGAUGCUAUGGUUAGGUUCUUUACUAUCAUCCAGCUGGCUAUGUAGUUUUUGUCUGAAAUAUUGUCCGUAAUAGGGUUGUGUUUGUGACUUCUUUGUGUUACUGAUGUGUGUCAGCUCUUAUACUUUGCUGUUAUAGGUUCUAAAUAUGGAGUUGCUUUUGAUUGUAUUAUAUAUCAUGAUGAGCGUAUAUUUUGUCUUGCUCUUCUCGCUCCUUCCACCAUUGGUUAAGGUUCAAUUUGGGACUGAAUUUGUACUUGACACUCUAUAUAUCUAUCAGAAUUUCCGUUGGUUGGGGAGUGCAUUA